AUGUGGAAGGCUGUAUUGAAUGCUUGGAACGGAACCGAUAAUCAAAGUGAUGUCGCCUCGGGCAUUACCUCUUAUAAAUUUGAAGACAUGAAAAGAAUUGUGGAAAAACAUGACCCCAAUGUAGUGUUGGUAGACGUUAGAGAACCAUCUGAGUACUCUGUGGUUCGUAUUCCUGGCUCUAUUAACGUGCCAUAUAGAUCGCACCCUGAUGCGUUUGCCUUGGACUCGCUCGAAUUCAAGGAACAAACCGGCAUUCCAAAACCUGACACUGAAAAAGAACUGAUUUUCUAUUGUGCAUCUGGUAAACGUGGAGAUGAAGCUCAAAAAGUUGCCCACACCAAUGGUUAUUCGAACACUUCACUUUACCCUGGUUCAAUGAACGAUUGGGUCGCUCAUGGAGGUGACAAACUUAAUAUUUAG